CUGAGGCCUCCCGGCCUCCCCGCCGCCUCAGCCCCUCCCUGGGCGCUGUCCUCCGCCUCAUUGGCCUCUUAUCUCCCCAGUAACCAGAUCACAACAGUGAGCUUGCAGCACCGAGGAUAGGUCAGGGUACUCGUGCAGGAGACCCGCCCUCUUUGGCCAUGAUGCCUUUGGGACUCUCUGCAAUGAGCAUCCGCUCAGAGGGCAGCGAGGUCUUCCAGGAGGGCCUGGACUGGGAGCUGAGCCGACUGCAGCGACAGUGCAAGGUGAUGGAGACGGAGAGACAGACCUACAGCAAGGAGGUCCACCAGCGCAUCCAGAAGCAGCUGGAGGAGAUCCGGGGCCUGGAGGAGGCGCGGGCCAAGCUCCAGAUGCAGAUCGGCGCGGCCCAGAGCCAGGCGAAGCGGUUGCGAGACAGCGAGAGGCUGGAGAGCAUGGGUCAGCUGCUCAGGUGCAGGGUCCAGGCCCAGGCGGAGGCAGAGGAGCUGCAGGAGCAGAGCCGAGUCCUGGACCAGCAGAUCCAGGAGUGGGAGGCCCGGAUCUUCACCCAGAGCAAGGUUGCCAUGGCUCCGGGAUUCACCCUGGACCAGAAAGUCAAGAUCCGGCGGAGGAUCAAGAUCUUGGAGGACCAGCUGGACAGGGUCACCUGUCGCUUCAAUGUCCAGCUCAUGCGCAACUCCGCCCUGAGGGAGGAGCUGGACCUGUUGCGCAUUGAGCGGAACCGGUACCUGAGUGUGGACCGCAAGCUGAAGAAGGAGAUCCACCUCCUGCAGCAGAUGGUCAGCACCCUCAUUGCCUCUUCCACCUCAGCCUACGCUGUCAGGGAGGAGGCGAAGGCCAAGAUGGGCAUGCUGCGGGAGCGGGCGGAGAAGGAGGUGGCGCAGAGCGAGACGGAGGCGCAGAUCUUGCUGAGGCAGGUGUCGCACCUGGAGCAGCUGCAUCGCUUCCUCAAGCUCAAGAACAACGAGCGGCAGCCGGAUCCCGCCAUCCUGCAGAAGCAAGAGCAGCGGGUCCGCGAGGCGGCGGAAGGACUCCGAAAGACCUCCCAGGAGAGGCUGGUGUUGCGGUAUGAGGACGCCCUGACUAAACUGUCCCAGCUGACGGGCGAGAGCGACCCCGACCUGCUGGUGCAGAAGUACCUGGAGAUCGAGGAGCGCAACUUCGCCGAGUUUAACUUCAUCUACGAGCAGAACUCAGAGCUACACUACCUCAGAGAAGAGAUCCAAGAGAUCCGGGAGGCCUUGGCCAGCGAGCGGGUGCGCUCGGAGAGCCCACGCCUGCUCGAGGAGCAGCGUGUUGCCCUGCAGCAGCGUGUGGACGUCGUGUGCGCCGAGGCUGAGCAGCUAGAGGCCCGGUGCCAGAGCCUGCGGGAGCUGCUGGAGAGGCUCAAGGCCGAUAUCCAGCUCCUCUUCACCAAGGCCCAUUGUGACAGCAGGAUCAUCGAUGACCUCCUUGGAGUCAGGACCCACACACGGGAUCGGGACAUAGGUCUCUUCCUGGGCAUCAUCGAGAAGCGGUUGGUGGAGCUCCUAACAAUGCAGGCCUUCCUGGACAUGCAGAAUCAGUCCUCCUCUGCUGAUGCUGCGCUCCUGGUCCUGGGCCAGAGACAGGAGGGGCCUCCAAAGAAGAUGGACACGCUGCAGCCCCCUGACAAUCUAGAGGACCCCGCUGGCUUUGUGGCGACAGACAGCUACCCCUUGAGCAGGGAGGAGCUGCUGCAUCUCGUGGUGAAGUCGGUGAAGCUCCGGGAGCUGGCGCAGGAGCAGAACCAGAAGGAGCUGUCUGAGGCCACGAGGAAGUUGGACGGCACUCUGAUCGCCGGGUUCUCCAGCACCUCCAGGAAGACCAGUGGGAUGCCCGGGUCCAUCCUGAGCCACAGGACCAGUAAAGGCCGAGGCCCUGGCUCCAUCGGCCGCGUCACUUUUGGCAUUCCCAGCUCCAGCACAGGCCAGGUGUCCAGACCCGACACCUUUGGGGACCACAGCUUCAGUGCUGGCGGGGCACAGGGGUCCAGCCUGGCCUCGAGUGGGAGCCACAUGACCUCCAUUCCCAGGGGCUCUGGCAGCCACCAGGUCUCCACUGGCUAUGUGGAGUCCAGCAGAGACCAGGAAAGCUUUGGAGGUGACAUAGAGAGCAGAGGUGCAGAGUCAGACUUGAGCGGAGGUCCUGCCUCCUCCGCCCCUAAGGACUCCCAAGGCUGACUAGGGCCACCCUGCUCCACUCUGCCUGACUCUCAGCAGAUUUGCACUUUGCCUUGAGUCUCUCUGCCUCUCUCUCCCAGCCCAGGCCUCUGUGGUUCUCUGGCCCUCCACCUGUUUCCAUCUGCUUGUUUUUGUUGCCCAUCCCCAUCUCCUUGGCCCUAACCCUCUGCUGUCCCCCGUCCUGCUCUGCCUCCCCAUCUCUGGCUCCCUCUCCUCACCUCCAUCUCCCUGCUUUCCCCACUCUCCUGGCAUCGCAUGUUCCUGCAUCUACAGCUCCUCAGUCCUUACCCUCCAAGACCCCCAGUACUAACCAGAUGAGCUGGGACCAUGGGAAAUAAAGGCCAGAGGUCAGUGUGUACCACAGCCUGGUUACAAACUAAAUCUAAGCAGAUGACCCAUCAUCUGCCUUCCUAACCCAGGAAGGUAAUACUUUGAGUCUCGUUCCCCUCAAAAUGGGUGAGUGAGUAGGCUUGAGACAAGGCUGCUUCCUCUACUUGUAGCCCAGGGGAAAAUCUGUGACCCUAUCCCUGUUCUCUGCCACUCAGUCAUCUUUUAAGACUUUCACAUUUUCAGCUCUUUUGGGAACUGUAUCAGUCAGGUCAGGCUGGGUUAUGCUGCAGUAACAAACAACCCCAGAAUCAGUGGCCCUAAUGGAGCAAAGAUUUCUUUCCCCAUUGUGGGUCAGCUGAGGGCCCUGCUCCCUGUUGUCUGUGUGCCCCAGGGCAGUGGGACAGCCUCUGUCUGGAGAGGUGCCAGUCCCUUUGGGACCGGGUAAGACAGAAAAUGGCAAAGCAGGCACUGCCUCUUAGAGCACUGACCUGGAUGUGAUGUAGUCACAUGUUCAUCAGUUGAUGGUCACGUGUCUGUGCCUCAGCCCAGAGGGUGGUGGGGUGAGGAAGUGUAGUCUUUUUGUGUGUCUGGGAGGAGGGGAAGGAGGGGAUAUUUUCUUUUUUUAAAAAAUUUUGGUACCAGGGAUCAAACUUGGGUCCUUGUGCUUGCACAGCAGGCAGUGAAACUGCUGAGCUAAAUCCCUGGCCCCAAGGAGGGGAUAUGUUCAGGUGCCCAAAUGCCAGCUGGGGGUCACAGGCAAAGCUGACCUCAUUUCUCUCCACAGUGGGCUGGGUUUGGAAUGGGACCGCUUAGAACCUUGUGGAUGACUCUUGCCUGAAGUUGAGUCAUGGCAAAUGCCCUCCCAAAAGUUAAUCCAAAGACAGUUGAUCCACCCUCUUAACUCAGGAAGGUAGUACUUUGAGUCUCAUUCCCCUCAAAAUGGUUAUAACAGUACAUACCUGCAGAGAGGUUUUUUUUUUGGUGGAUGAGAAUAAAAUGAUUUGAUAACACAUAAAA